UGUUAUUUGAGCUCUCCUUGUUGUUUUUUUUAUUCCUCCGACAAGGACGAGGUUCCAAGAGGACUUGGCUUCUUGUUCUACAAUAUAAUAUAAGCAAAAUCAAUUCAAGAGUUCAAUGAGAAAGCAUUCUUUUCAUCGAUGGCUCUUAACGGCCGUUCUUGUGGUUUUCCUCUCGUCUUCUUGCACAUUUGCCUCGAAAAAAAAAGAGGGGAAAAAGAAGACGAAAAGUAAGGAGGUUACUUAUGAUGGAACAUCCUUGAUCGUCAAUGGCAAAAGAGAGCUUCUUUUUUCUGGCUCUAUUCAUUAUCCUCGCAGCACUCCUGAAAUGUGGCCAAGUAUCAUCAAGAGAGCGAAACAAGGCGGUUUGAACACCAUUCAAACAUAUGUUUUCUGGAAUGUACAUGAGCCUGAACAAGGAAAGUUCAACUUUUCGGGACGAGCUGAUUUGGUGAAGUUCAUAAAGUUGAUUGAGAAGAAUGGCAUGUACGUGACAUUGAGGCUUGGACCGUUUAUCCAAGCUGAAUGGACUCAUGGAGGACUUCCUUAUUGGCUUAGAGAAGUUCCUGGAAUUUUCUUCCGUACAGACAAUAAACAAUUCAAGCAACAUACAGAGAGAUAUGUACGGAUGGUACUCGACAAAAUGAAGGAGGAAAAAUUGUUUGCUUCACAAGGAGGCCCCAUUAUAUUAGGACAGAUAGAGAACGAGUAUAGCGCGGUUCAACGUGCAUAUAAACAAGACGGAGUAAACUACAUUAAAUGGGGAUCAAAGUUGGUCGACUCAAUGAAUCUUGGGAUCCCAUGGGUUAUGUGCAAGCAGAACGAUGCUCCUGAUCCUAUGAUCAAUGCUUGCAAUGGAAGGCAUUGCGGUGAUACUUUCCCUGGUCCAAACAAAGAUAACAAACCGUCUUUAUGGACUGAGAACUGGACAACUCAGUUCCGUGUGUUUGGCGAUUCGCCAGUUAAAAGAUCAGUAGAAGAUAUUGCUUUCUCAGUUGCUCGCUUCUUCUCCAAGAAUGGAAGUCAUGUGAACUACUACAUGUACCAUGGAGGAACCAACUUCGGAAGAACCUCUGCCCAUUAUGUAACCACUAGAUACUACGAUGAUGCACCUCUUGAUGAAUAUGGUUUAGAGAAAGAGCCUAAGUAUGGUCAUCUUAAACAUCUUCACAACGCUCUUAACCUCUGCAAGAAACCACUUCUUUGGGGUCAGCCUCGAACCGAGAAGCCUGGAAAAGAUACAGAGAUUAGAUACUACGAACAGCCCGGAACUAAAUCUUGUGCAGCUUUCUUGGCUAACAACAACACCGAAGCUGCAGAAACCAUUAAAUUCAGGGGGAAAGAAUACGUGAUAGCUCCUCGUUCCAUUAGUAUUCUUCCAGAUUGUAAAACUGUUGUUUACAACACUGCACAGAUUGUUUCUCACCACACUUCAAGAAACUUUAUGAAGUCUAAGAAGGCGAACAAGAAGUUUGAUUUCAAAGUGUUCACCGAGCCAUUGCCUAAAAAGCUAGAAGGUAACAAUUACGUACCCGUUGAGCUUUACGGUUUGACUAAAGACAAAUCAGACUAUGGAUGGUACACAACAAGCUUCAAGGUCCAUAAGAAGCAAUUACCUAAGAAGAAAGGAGCUAAAACUGAUCUGAGGAUUGCUAGUCUUGGCCACGCAUUGCAUGUUUGGUUUAACGGAAAAUACCUUGGAAAUGGACAUGGAAGCCAUGACGAGAAAAGUUUUGUGUUCCAGAAACCGGUUACACUAAAAGCAGGAGAGAAUCACCUUGUUAUGCUUGGUGUUCUCACUGGAUUUCCAGAUAGUGGAUCUUACUUGGAGCAUAGAUACACCGGUCCUCGUAGUGUUUCCAUCUUAGGAUUGAGUUCUGGAACACUUGAUCUCACUGAAAGCAGCAAAUGGGGGAACAAGGUCGGUAUGGAAGGAGAAAGACUCAGAAUUCAAACCGGGAAAGGUUUGAAGAAGGUCAAAUGGGAGAAAUUCUCUGGAAAAGCACCAGGAAUGACAUGGUACCAGACCUACUUCGAUGCACCAGAGAGCGAAAGCGCAGCAGCGAUACGCAUGAGUGGAAUGGGAAAAGGGUUGAUUUGGGUGAACGGAGAAGGCGUUGGAAGAUAUUGGAUGUCUUUCUUGAAUCCAUUAAACCAAUCCACGCAAGUAGAAUAUCACAUCCCUAGAUCUUUCUUGAAGCCCAAGAAAAAUCUUCUUGUUAUAUUCGAGGAAGAG